CAAAAGUACUGAUUUUGUGAAAUUGUCAAAGAAGAAUAUUUGUUGUAUUAUUACUUCAGUAUUAGGAUUUUAACAUCUUCUGGUUCCAAGUAUUACCCACCCAAUUUUUUAAAAGACAAAAAUGCCUGCACCUGCCGCUACAGCUGUGGAGCCAGGUCCUCCUAGAACAGAACUCCAAGAACUUCAGCUUCGUGCUGGACAAGUUACCGAUGAGUCUCUGGAAAGUACAAGGCGGAUGCUGUCUUUGUGUGAAGAGAGUGAGGAUGUCGGUGGCAAAACGCUCUCAAUGCUGGCAAAUCAAGGCGAACAACUUGAUCGAAUUGAAGAAGGAAUGGAUCAAAUAAAUGCUGACAUGCGAGAAGCAGAGAAAAACUUGACUGGAAUGGAAAAGUGCUGUGGUUUAUGUGUCUUACCAUGUAACAAAGGUGCAUCAUUCAAAGAAGAUGAAGGCACGUGGAGAGGAAAUGACGAUGGAAAAGUUGUAAACAAUCAGCCACAACGAGUGAUGGAUGAUCGAAAUGGCCUAGGACCACAAGGAGGAUAUAUUGCCAAGAUCACAAAUGAUGCUAGAGAAGAUGAGAUGGAAGAGAAUAUGUCACAAGUAAAUACAAUGAUUGGUAAUUUACGAAAUAUGGCUAUUGAUAUGGGAUCAGAAUUAGAAAACCAAAACAGACAAAUUGACAGGAUCAAUCGUAAGGGAGAAUCUAAUGAGACAAGAAUAGCUGUCGCUAACCAACGUGCUCACGACCUUCUUAAAUAAAUUAAAUAUUGUUAUUUAUAUAUUUCUUUUUUGCGAUCAGUGCUUUUGGUUUGAAUUAAUGCACUUGCUAAAUAAUGUGAACAAUUAUAUACUAAUAGUUACUUAAUAUACUGCAGUCUUAGUUGAAGCAUAUUUAAAGUAUUUUUUAUUUAAAAAAUAUAUAUGUUUAUAUAUUUUUUUAUUUCUGAACAAGAAACUGUGACAAAGUAUAU